AUGUAUAACUUUUUAAGGAGAAUCACUUUUACACUUUUGGUUAUUGAAACCCUCGUCGGAAUGGCAGCAAAUGGAUUUAUUGUCCUCAUCAAUUGCAUUGACUGGUUCAGAACCAGGAAACUAUCCCCGAAUGACCUGAUCCUGUCCUGUCUUGGCUUGUCCAGACUUGCAUGGCUGGUAGUCAUGACUCUGGAUAGAACUAAGGUAUUCUUUUCUCUGGGUAAUCAUAUUUGGGAUACACAUGUAAUGCCUCCCAUCGUGUGGAUAUUUACCAACUCCGCCAACAUCUGGUUUGCCACCUGGCUCAGUGUUUUCUACUUGGCAAAGAUUGCCAUCUUCUCUCACCCCAUUUUCCUCCAAGUGAAGCAAAGAAUCUCUGCACUGGUGCCAUGGCUGCUUCUCGGCUCAGUCAUCUUCUCUGCUAUGACGGCUGUUAUUCUAAUGACAAGCCUGAACAAUGGCUUUGCCAUGUGCAAUCCCUCCAAUGAUUCAGAAAUUAAAGAGCCUGACUCCUGGAAGUACUUGGAUAUUCUAGGUAUGGCCCCAAAUCUCAUUCCCUUUCUGAUAUUUCUUUCAUCGACCAUCUUAUUAAUAAGCUCUCUGUGGAAGCACAUGAGAAGAGUCCAAAGCAAUGGGACUGGCACCGGCGAUCUCAACACACAAGCGCACUUGAGUGCCAUCAAAGCUCUGGCUUCCUUCGCUGUUCUGUACCUGUCUAGUUUUCUAGCAAUCACUUCACAGGCAGUACUGAUCUUAAAUAACAUGGAUCACAGUUUGCCAGUGAGGCUGCUUGAUCUUGUGGUUGCUGCUUAUCCCUCUGCUCAUACUAUCAUCCUGAUACUAAUUAAUCCCAAACUGAAGCAGGCAUGGGUCAGGAUGCUACAUCCCUUAAAAUGCUGUUUGAGAGAAGUGCCAACUUAA